AUGAUCAUUCCAACAGACGGCGAUGUAGCCCGACAAAUAGGUCUGCCUUUUGACAAACUGGAUGCGAUUCGCAUCAACUUUAUCCGUGGAUAUUUCAAAAGCGCAAUCGAAGUUGGAUAUGCUUUUGGUGAUCAUAUCGUGCCUGGUAUACGAGAGCUUAUGCAACUUGAUAUCUAUGACGGAGAAGAUCCCAGCAAAUUGCGGCUAACUCUUGUCAGAGCUCCUCUCUGUGAAGCGCGACUUUUAAAUGUAUGUUGA